AUGACCGAACACUUAUGUUCAGACUGCCUGCCAUUCGAAGAAACUCUACAAAACUACAGCUCCAACUAUAGUACCCGAAUUCUGAAGUCGAGCAUUACAUCUCUCGAACAGUCAGCUAAGCAGGGUUGCCCACUAUGUCGAGUGAUCUACCAGUCGUUCAUCUACGAUGAAGGUGUUUCAUUCCAAGAUACCAAUGCACCAAUCGAAAUCUCAACCAAGGAUUCCACUAUCGACUCUGACUCCUAUAAAAGCCGUCUCGACAUAUUAUCAGUCAAAAUUCGACAGCAAAGUUCCACGAAUAGCACAUACUUGUCCGUCUUAUUCAAUGAUGGAGCGCAAGAACUAGCUUUUGAGGCAUACAAGGAACUCGUUGGCCAGCUUCAAGAUCCCACUUCUGAAGAAGGCAUCGACCAUCUCGCUCGCUUGACUUCAACAUGGAUCACGAACUGUCGAAACACGCACAGUCAGUGCGGACAUCAGAAUAUCCCGCAUAGCUUCGAUCGCGUGCCCACUAGACUCAUCGAUGUUGGGACAGAUGACAACAGUCAGCCUCCAAAGCUCUUCCUUCCUAGUCAAGGCCAAGCUUCUGAGAAUAUCGAGUACGUCGCCCUGAGCUAUGCUUGGGGCUCAGCCAGCAACCAUCCAACUAGAACAAGUGCAUCUAACAUACAAGAAAUGCUCGAGGGUUUGCCUUUUUCUCGACUCCCAAAAACUAUACGCGAUGCGAUUAUUUUCACCCGCAAACUAGGCUUUAAAUAUCUGUGGGUUGAUGCACUCUGCAUUUUACAAAGUGAGGGUCCUCAUGAUAGGAUCCACAAAGAAGAUUGGUCUCACGAGACUAGUCGUUUCGGAUACUAUUACCGAAAUGCGGCCGUCACACUUGCAGCCACUGGAGCCAAGUCUUCGGACUGUGGAUUAUUCCUAUCACGACCUGCAUUAGCAUUUGAUCCAAAACCUGUAAUCCUCCAAAGGAAAACGCCCACAGGCCACAUCGGAGACAUAUCAAUUCUACCAAAAGUCCCUAGCUGGAUCUCUGAGAUCAAGAGAGCCCCUUUAUACGAGAGAGGCUGGGCUAUUCAAGAACGGAUCUUGUCUGCACGAGUUGUACACUUUGCAGCUAACAUGGUCUUGUGGGAAUGUCACGAGUGUCGAGCCACAGAGAUCGAUACUACUGGAGCAAGCCUCCGGGAUGCGAACAGUGGUAUGGUUUACGAGGAAGUUUCUGACUUUAUGCCCGUAUUUCGAAAUCUUCAGAGGAACGGCAAGGGAGCCAAUCAAGUGAUACGCGAGUGGUACAGCUUUAUUGAAGGCUAUACUGCGGCCAAAUUCACGUUUAUGGGCGAUAGACUCCCUGCAUUAUCCGGAAUUGCUGCUCUGAUUCAGAAGUAUAUUCCUAAGAGAUACGGAGCGGGCUUGUGGGAGUCGGCCAUACCUGAGGGAUUGGCUUGGUUGGUCGAUUACGAUGAGUUGACUGAGAACACAUCGGAUCUUACUACUGCAUAUGGGCCAAGAGAAGACUUUCAGCUGAUGUUACCAUCUUGGUCCUGGGCCACUAGCAGAGGACCAGUGCGAUUCCUCUCAUCGCUGGAAUCUUGGGAACCAUUGCUGAAAAUGGAAGACUGGGAAGUCAAGUCGGCAGGAGUAGACACCUCUGGACAGAUUCUGGGAGCACGGCUAAGAGUAAGGAGUGCGUUGAAAGUCUUCAGUGCUUUUGACUUAGGGAUCAGGAUGGCAACUAGGCUCAAUUCGAGAGACGGACAAGUUAGUCUGACUCAUGCCGCUUCCAUGGAUGCAGGGUUUAGUCGGCAUGACACAUACACAUGCAUAUUAGUAGGAACUGCCUACGUUCCCGGAUCUGACCGUAAAGAGGGAGUGACGGGUUGCGCGCUCAUCCUAGAAGCAACCGGUUGCUCAAGAGGAAGCAUCCAGGAGUAUAAGAGGGUCGGAUUGUCUUGUCUUCCUUUUGAGGAUUGGUGGACUAAAGACAUGCAAGAGAAGACAAUUGAGCUGGUUUAA